AACUUUAACGAACGUUCUGGAUUAACAAUAAGAAUGCUUUUCCGCUAAGCUGAAUUGUCAAUUUACUGACAAACAGUAUAUGGUAAUAAAAUCAUCACUCUGUAGCCUCGCAAAAUUUCAACAUCGGCCAUAGUGUCAGUUCCAUGUCUGACACAUUCAGGUCGAAUACUCACUUUUCUCACAAAUAUUGCCAAUUCUGAGCGCAGAUGGCAGGUAUUGCGAAAAUACGGUUGACCGAAGAAAGAAAGGCCUGGAGGAAAGAUCAUCCUCAUGGGUUUUAUGCAAAACCGAUAAGCAACGAAAAUGGCACGCUAGAUAUCAUGAAAUGGACUUGUGGGAUUCCAGGAAAAAAAGGCACAAUAUGGGAAGGAGGCUCUUACCCAUUGACGAUAGAGUUUUCGGAUGAUUAUCCCACACAAGGACCUAUUUGCCGAUUCCCUCCUGGAUUUUUUCACCCAAACGUUUAUCCAUCCGGGAAAGUGUGUUUAUCCAUUCUGACGGAUGACUGGAAACCUAGCAUCACGGUAAAGCAGAUUCUUACAGGCAUACAAGAACUACUUGACACCCCCAAUGAAAAUAGCCCGGCCCAGGUUCCUGCUUUCCAAGUCUUUGUGCAAGAUAAGAAACGAUAUAUGGACAUUGUUGUCGACCAAAGGAGAAAAUAUUUAAUGUGAAGAAAGAGCUUAUCCUUUCAAAUGCUUCUUUACAAGUCCUCCGCUGGUGUUUACAAGCAAUAGUCUAUCUGUAAAUGCUGCAAUAAAUUUGCGAUGUAAUAGAUGUUUUAUGAAUACAAUGCAUACGAUUAGCCUUUUCGUUCUGAUAAAUUCACGUCUGCCAACUGAGAAACCAGUCAUACUUCAACGCUCUCUGCUAAACCAAUAGUGUAUUCCUCUCAAAUAGCGGAAGCAAAGAAUCGCAUCGUUAAAAAUACCUUAUCUUAAGUAUUAUUAUGUUGAACAAUGCUACUAGUUCUAGAUUUACACUACCCUAUAUCACUGAAAAAAAGGAUGACUCGGUUUACAUUUUUCUAAGUUCUAAAAUUGAUAAUUAUCAUUUUGGUUUUUUUGUUUUUCCACUUCUCUCUCCUGUCUGCCUUAGACUAUACUGUCUCGGAGGAGGACUGUAAACUUUUUAAGUAUGAGUGGUAACAGCGGUAUUAAAUGUUCAAAGCAUUUGAACAAGACUUUUGGCAAAGCCAUAAGCAAAAACAUAAGGUGUAUAGUUUGUAGUAUAAAGGAUGAAUCAGAAAUUGUGGACGUCAUCAAACUGCAUGCUUGUGGAGAUUGGAGACAAGACUUUGAAAAGAUUACUUCGGAAUUAACACCACAGGAGCCUUACUAUAUCCUAUAUCGAAUGGAUAGUACGGACAAGCUGAAUUCAGAAUGGCUUCUGUUUACGUAUAUUCCAGAAUCGUCUAGUGUAAGGAAAAAAAUGUUAUAUUCAUCUAGCAAGCAGAAUUUGAAAUUGGGCUUGGGCACUUUGAAAAUUCUACACGAUAUUUUUGCAUCAUCGCUGGAUGAGUUGAGUUUGGAUGGCUACGACCGAUAUUUGAGGCAUCUGCAAACUGAUGCACCUUUGAUGCCCUCUGAGGAGCUUCGUCAACAAAUGGACACCAGCCUCACACAUAAAGACAAUAUUGCGUUGACGAGUAUGGUGGUUUCGUUUCCUGUCAGUCAAGAGACUGCAUCAGCUUUUGAGGAUUUCCGACGUCGAAAGCUUAACUAUUUAGGCAUCACAAUCGACCCUACAACCGAGCGAAUGAAUUUGAUUCAGUCGAAUCGUUCCAUUGACCUCGACAUGCUUGCAUACAAGAUUCCGUCAGAUGCUCCUUUGUUCCAUUUUUUUUCUUGGGAUCAUGUAUAUGAGGGCAAGAAUACAUGUUCAGUUAUUUUUAUAUAUAGCUGUCCAGAUGACUGUGAUGUAAAGAAUAGGGGCAUGUCAAUACGUCUCAAGAUGUUGUUUUCGAGUGGGAAGUCACACAUCAUUGAGAUUGCAAAGAAUUUUGGAAUCAACGUCGAUUACAAGUUUGAAGUCUCUAGUGGACAAGAGCUAAUUGAAAAAGACAUUAUGCAGUGUAUUCAUGGAACCCCCUUACCUUCCAACAGUGUUACGAAACAAAAAUUCGAGCGUUUGAAACCCCCAGGGCGUGUGAGUCAAUCUGCUAGGAAUCCCCGGAAUUGAAAAAAGCAGUCAUUUAAGUGUACACAUUGACUUGAGAGUGAACGCUGCUUUAUAACACCUGAGAACUUUUAGCUUCGAAAUGAAAAAUAAAUUUUCAAUUUUUGAAUAAAUGUUAUUAAUUAGUA